CAUCCACGUACCACAAAAUCGACAUUGCAGAUCCAUGCGUCCCGUGGCGGAGUCGGGCGAGAGGUCGAGGUUCCGCUUCAAGAUGUACUCCCUGUACUCGUGGGGAUGCCCGCUGCUCAUCUCCCUCGCCUCCAUCAUCGUGCAGGAGCUGCCGGACGACCUCGGGGUCAUCAAACCCAACUUCGGAAACACCAAGUGCUGGUUUGAUAACAAUACAUCGCUUUGGGCUUAUUUCUAUGGAUUUGUGUUGACCAUCGUGAUAGCCAACAUUAUUUUCUUUUGUCAAGUGGCUUAUAUCCUCGUCAUGGCCCAGAACGACCCUAUCUUACAGAGAACUCGACAGCAGAACAGGGAGAGAAUGUGGCUCUACGUGAAGCUGUUUUUUGUAAUGGGAAUAACUUGGAUUGCUGAGAUCGUGUCGUGGCAGGAAGGAACGUGUGAAGCUUGGGUCUUUACAGAUGUUAUCAAUUCACUCCAAGGAUUUUUCAUUUUCGUUAUAUUCAUCUGUAAGAAGAAUAUGCUGAAGAAGAUUCGCUCCAAGUGGGACCCCUAUCUCCGGCGCAUGAAAGAAAUGGUUGGAUCAACUCGGCUGUCUCACUCUGGUGUGGCCAAUACAUCUCAAGUUCAUUCUUCCUUCAGUUCGACAAGCAACAGACCAAACCAUUCAGCUGCAUCACAGAAGACAGUGCAAAGUCAGAUAUCCCUUGACCCCACAUCGUCAACAAGACGGUUGUCUUCCAGCUCCCUCUCCCCCGUCACAGGGGUGCAGGUUCAUAGCCAAAACAAAAUUGCAAUGAAUACUAUUGCUGAAAGCUCAAAUGAACAAGAAGGUAAUAAUGCUAAUGGGAACUUACCUACUACUGAUGCCUCAAAACCUGUACCACAGAAAAUGAGUUCAUCAGGCAGUGGAAAUAGCAAUACUGAUGGGACUUCACAUAUGGUUGCAGGUAUGCCAAGUAGCACUGUUAACUCCUCUGAUGUUUCUGUUGAAGAAUCUGGAAAGCCACUUCACCUCACGGAGAUCACUGAUGAACCUACACCAGUUACAACAAAAGACAGCAAAAUCUCUAUAUCAGAGGAUGAGGGACAAGACCAGGGACAUGAAAAUGAAGUCCAAACACCUAAUAAACUGACUCAGUCUCUGCCAUAUGACAAGAUGGAGAUACCAGCAAGUGACACAGUUUAUUUAAGUGAUGAGUCAAAGUGUACAUCAGUAAAUGACUUUAGGUCUCCUGACACGAGGCCAGUUUCAUCGUCAGGGAGCACUGAUGAAGACCCUAUUACCAUUAAUGGAGAAAUACCUCAGAGGAUUGAUAAUGGAGUAUCAUAUCCUGUGAAUGAAGCUACUGUUUUGAGAGUAAGUUCUCCAAGCCCAGAACUUUCACCAUCUGAGAAGGUUAUUAAAGAACAUGCAGAUAUGAAUGAUUCCAAGCUAAAGAGUGAAGAGAAUAAAAAAGGGUCAUAUGACAAUUCAGGACUUCAUGAGCAUCAAGAAACAAAGGAUCUUAGUCUGCAUCAUUAUGGUCAUGAAGAACCAGUGAAUGUCUGACAUGGUCCCUUGUAAAGACAAUGUAUCUGUGACUUGCUUCAGUUAUCAUAACAUGUACAUGCAAGACAAGUAAUGUAGACAUCCUAUGAACUGAUAUAGGUCAUAGAAAAUUUAGAAAAAAAAAA